AUGCAUCUUCAGUCCUUCAUCGCUCUGGCAUUGCUUUCCGCAAGCGCGGCCUAUGCCAAAGGAGCCCCCUGCCGCGGUUUCGCUGUAGCCCCGAGUGACGAUAAAGAUACAUGCGAGAACUUUGCUAAGCGGUGGCAUAUCACCGUUGACAGACUCAAGGAGUUGAACCCCGAUGUCAACUGUCCCAACCUAGACCAAAAUACUGUCUACUGUGUCAAUAACCCCGACCCAACAGAUACCCCUACGGAUAUAUCAGUCUCUAUUACAACUACGGGGCACACGACAGCUUCAACAACCGCCACGACGACUACUUCACCUUCUACUACUACUCGAGAAACGGCUACGGCACCAACUACGACUUCGAUGAGCACAUCGCUGACCACCACAGCUGGAGAGUCAACCACGGCGACUAUGAUGCCAUCCAGCUCCCAGUCAGGCACCCCCAAUUCUGCCCGCGAUACAAGAGCAUUGUCGCAAGCUGCAGCAGCAUAUAGCUUGGCCGCAAUGUCUUUCAAGAAGCUGAGAUGGAAAAGAUCGGAGCGAACACCAGGGAGAGAGGCAAAUGAUACCCGGUCAGGCUCAGCGGCCCUGGUUAACCAUGAUGCCCGCCCAAACUCCGCGAUAUCUCACAACGAUGCUCUUUAUAAAUCUUUUUCGCUUUCUCCUGAUCCGUUGGGGUUGACCUUGAUCCAUGAGUCCGAUAACCCCCUGGUUGAUAUAAUAUUCGUCCAUGGCCUAGGUGGCUCGUCACUGCGGACGUGGUCAUACGAUCGCGAUGUCAGAAAUCUAUGGCUGCCGUGGUUGGGCGCAGAGACUGGAUUAUCAAAUAUUCGGGCCUUCACCUUUGGAUACAAUGCACAUUUCGCUGAAAAAGCUGGCGUGUUGAGCACUCUGGAUUUUGCGAAGGACCUAUUAUUCCAAAUCAAGAUGUAUCAUGACGAGCAUAGAGAACAGAACAGGCCGAUUGGUGAUGCCUACAUCAUUGGAAAGACUGAUGACCAGUACUCCCACAUUAUUUCCCAAAUAUAUGGAAUCGUCUUCUUAGGAACUCCCCAUCGAGGAUCUAACUUUGCAUCAAUCCUGAAUAACAUCCUCCGCAUUGCUCCUACUACUGGAACUAAGAUCUAUGUGGAUGAACUUGGGGAGGGUUCGAUAUCCAUCAACGAUAUCAAUGAACAGUUCAGAAAUGUUUGUAGUGGCCUUGAGUUGGUCUCGUUUUACGAAACAUUAAAGACAGCCAUUGCUCCAGCAGUGAAAGUGAUGGUGGUUGAGAAACAGUCAGCUAUUCUGGGAUAUCCUAGUGAGAUCUCAGCACCGCUCGAUGCAGAUCACAAUGGGAUUACAAAGUUCCUGAAUCGCGAGGAUGGAAACUAUAGGGACGUAAGGAAUGUGCUAAGAACGUUUGUCCUCAGCUUGAAGCAAAAGGCAGGAUCUCGUCUUAAAAUAAUUGACCCAAAAAGCCCCGUUCCGGCGACACUUAAAAACGUUCUUGGUAUCGAGGAGCUGGGCGAUGAUCUAGGAGAGGCCCAUGACUGGAUUCAGCCAGGCUCGUGCCGUUGGAUACUUGAGAAAAAGGGGUUUCAAGACUGGAUUGCAGAUAGCAGUCUCGGUCUAAGUAUUCUAUGGCUGACGGGCUCACCAGGAACUGGCAAGACGAAAUUAUCCAGUUUUAUUAUCAACUAUCUUCGCCAACCGGACUUUCCUGCAUCUUGCCAAUAUUAUUUCUUCAAAGCAGAUCAGCGUGGCACUCGUACAAUUUCGCACUUUCUUUGGUCAAUCGCGUUCAGAGCCGCGGAAGCUCAUGACGAUUUUCGUCAGCGCUUACUUGAGGUACAUCAGCAGAGUGGCCUCCUGUUUGCCUCUCAGACGUUCAAUGUAAUUUGGAAGAAGUUAUUUGAAGGCAUUUUGUUUCGGUGCAACUUCGGCCAACGGUUAUUCUGGGUUUUGGAUGGAAUAGAUGAAGCUGAAUCUCCAGCCACAAUCGUGAAACUGAUUUCUAGAAUCAAGUCGGUGACGCCCAUUCGGGUUUUACUGGUAAGUCGAGAAACGAGGGAAAUAUCAGCCGCCUUGACUCUUGAUGACUGUCGAGUAUACCAUGAUGAGAUUCGGAUCGAUGAUACCGUCCAAGAUAUUCAGACUUUCGUAUCUACUGGUAUUCGUGGCAUCUUACCUGACGAUAAAACUCGGGAAAAUGUCAUUGAAAAGGUUCUUUCCAAAGCCUCCGGUUCUUUUCUAUGGACUAAACUCGCUUUGGAAAGAAUUAAAGACAACUGGCAUACUGAUGUUGAUGUCGAGAAGGCCCUCGGAGAAAUACCAGAGGAUAUGGAACUAAUGUACGCACGAAUGAUGGAUACCAUUGCCAGCCAGCCUUCUAAUCUGAGAAAAAUGGCAACGGAGAUAUUGACAUGGGUGGUAUGCUCCUUCAAACCCCUAAGCAUCGAUGAACUCGCAGUGGCUCUGAAAGCAGAGUUUGGGGGUUUUUACAACCUGAAAACCACCAUCAGCCAAAUUUGCGGGAAUUUCGUCAUUAUGAGGAAGUCCACCGUUUCCAUAAUUCAUCAGACGGCCCUCCAAUUUCUGGUCAACAGGAGUUUGCAUGCAUCCAUCUCGAUAGAUCUUAGCAAGGGUCAUGAGAAGAUUGCCAAUGUGUGUAUGAACUUUUUAUCGGAUGAUAAAUGGAAGUCUCAACUCUCUACUAUCGGGGUGGCUGGGGGUUCAUUCCUGCAGGAUCCGUAUGCCGAAGUGCCGUUUCUAUCAUACGCCAUCACCUACUGGGCUUAUCACGUCUGUUCCGCAGGCGUAGAAUCAGAAGAGCUGCAGACUAAUGUUCUUAACUUUCUGUCACGAUUCGCCCUGGUCUGGAUCUAUGCUGUCUCUCUAACCGGCAAUCUUCAGGCUAUCACUCGAUCGGCUCAGUACCUUAGAUCGUACACAGAUCGAGCUACCCAGGGUCUUCCUCAAAUUCCGACAAGUUUCAAACAUAGCCAAAACCAGAGGCUUAUUCAAUGGUCUAAUGAUUUAAUUCGUUUAGUUGGCCGAUUCGCUUCUCAUCUCGUUGAAAGCCCAUCCGCUAUCUAUAAAUAUAUUAUCCCAUUCUGUCCAAGUGAGUCAAUGUUGAGCCAGACCUUUCAACACUCAAGUCAAAAUUCAAUAAAAAUUACGGGCAUCCCACAUAACAAAUGGGAUGAUCGUCUGGCAAGGUUAACGAUGGGUGAGAAUGAAUCCCCAUCCAAAGUUAUCUGUAAAGACAACUACUUCAUUGCCCUACUAUGUGAAAACGGAACGCUGGUGAUAUGGAAUUCUGAGACAUGCAUGGAACUCAGAAGGCUACAUCAUGGUGAGUGGGUGACAAGCAUUAAAGCAGCCAAAAUCCAAAAUCUCCUGGCAUCUGCUGGUACUCAAACAAUCCGGAUCUGGGAUAUCGGUUCGGGCAGAGAGAUUUACAAGAUACCAAAGUCAAGCCCAGGGCGCGUGAUGUCCCUGGCUUUCAAGUCGAAUGACACCGAGUUGUUGAUUGCAUAUGACGACAGUACCCUCUAUUGCAUUGAUCUAGAGACCCUGCAGCAAAAAUGGUGCUUUGAAGCUAGUGGCUCCUCGAAAUUUAUGUAUAGUUCUCCCAGGGUCAUGGAAUUUAGCCCUGAUACAGAACGAAUCGCCAUUGCCCACCCUGGCCCUCCUGUUCAUAUAUGGCGCAUCAGCCGCCACAAAUAUCCACCCCAGCGGUGCAUCCGACAAGGGGACAUCAAUAAGAGCGAGGAGGAUGUAUAUAACUAUGCAGAUGCAGUUCUCUGGAAACCUGACUCUGCUGGUAUUUUGAUUUUAUAUCAAGAUACAGAGCUCAUGGACUGGAAUAUUGACGACGAUACCAAAAUGGAGCAUUCUCACAUAUUCGCGCGUGAACUGGCAAUCAGCUCGGAUGGGACUUUACUCCUGACUAGUGACUAUAACAGCAUAUUGAGCGUUUGGUCUACAAACUCGUUCCGUUUAAUCUGCCGGCUGGAAUACGGGGGAUUCGUGCGAGACGUCGCCUUUUCCCCAGAUUCGCGGCGGCUCUAUGAUGUUCGUGACAACGCUUGUAAUAUUUGGGAGCCGAUGGCAUUGACACUGCAGGAUGGCCCAGACAGGGAAUAUACGCCAUUGACUGACCACUUUUCGAAGGCUACGGUUUCUCCUAGCAAUCGUGACGACCUAGAAAUCAUUUCCUUGACUUGCGGCAGCAGGUUGCCGUAUUACUGCGUCGGGAAAGAUGAUGGAAGCGUUACGAUCUACGAGACGCGGACAGCACAAAGGCUUCGAAAGUUGUAUGGGCACUCGGAAACGUCUUAUGUUGCUGAUAUUGUCUGGUCGUCGUCGCAGAAGUACAUUGCUUCCGUCGAUAGAACAGGUCAAGUUAUCGCCAAACGCCUCGGAAAGCCAACGCCUAAAGCACCCCAGAAAUGGGCUGUAUAUCCAUUACUUGACCUACGGCUGGAGACGAAUGUGAUACAAGUGCUGUUCAGCUCAUCAGAAGAAUAUUUACUCAUUUCUAUCCCACAUAGUGAUGAAGUCUGGGACAUCAAGUCUAAGGAAAAGCUCGUUCAUGCAGAGCGUGGGAAUAGGAGCUACCACCGACGAUGGGUGAAUCACCCCAAGGACAUGCCGAGCCCAAGGCUCUCAUCGACAAGCACGGACGAUGAGACGCUCGUGGAGGAAAUUAAUAGAACCACCUUAGGGGGGGCUUUAGCAGACUCUACAGCAAUACAUCCCUUUAAAAGGGUCCGGGAAGCCCUUGAGCAUGUCUUCCAGGUCAACGACCACUGCCUCGUCCUUGACUAUGUCAUCGCCAGUGGGCUUCAUAAUGAUCCAUGGUUUCAUUCCAAUUCAUCUAGGCGACUGGAGAUUAUCGAUUUAAACGAUGUUCAGCUACGAAGAAGAGCCUUGCUCCACCUUUCCAGCAAUGUGAAUCGGUUAGUAGGCGUCUUCCAGAGGCGGCUUGUCUUUCUCAAUCACCAAUACUGGCUGUGUACAUGGGAGUUGGAUAGCGACGAGGACUCGUAUAAAAGGCAUUUCUUCUUGCCUAAGGAUUGGAUACUGCCUGAGACGUUAGAUUUAGUUACUAUUGAUUAUCUCGGAAACCUGGUAUGUCCGAAGGGAGGAAAGAUUGCUAUAAUACAAUCUGGAAUCAAGCUGUAG